AUGGCCUCCAGCACCAUCGACACGGAACACAUCCUUUCCCAGCUGACCUUGGAAGAGAAGAUCUCGCUGCUCGCGGCUGUGGACUGGUGGAGGACUCCAGUCAUCAAGAGAGAUGGUCUCUUUGUUCCCCACAUCAAGACCACUGAUGGGCCCAAUGGUGCCCGCGGGGAGAGCUACGUGAGCGGCAUCAAGGCCGCUUGCUUUCCCAACGGCCCAAACCUCGGUGCCACAUUCGACAUCGAUCUGGCCCACAGGAUCGGUGCUGCGGUGUCCAGGGAAGCAAAGAGCAAGUCGGCUAACGUGCUCCUGGCACCAACGCUCAAUGUCAUACGGCACCCUCUUGGCGGGCGCAACUACGAGACGUACUCGGAAGAUCCUCUGGUCUUGGGGCUCUUGGCGGCCGCAUACGUCAACGGGUGCCAGGAGGAAGGCAUCGCGGCAACCCCGAAGCACUUUGUGGCCAACGAGGCAGAGAACGAGCGGACGACAACCUCGGUCGAGGUCGACGAGCAGACGCUGCGCGAGAUAUAUCUCAGGCCGUUCCAGCUCGUGAUGAAACAUUCUGAGCCAUGGUGUUUCAUGACCAGCUAUAACAAAGUCAACCAAGAAUACGUCUCUGACUCCAAGAGACUGAUUGACGACGUCCUCCGCAAGGAAUGGGGCUUCAAAGGCCUCGUCAUGUCGGACUGGAUGGGCACAUACUCUACAGCACUUGGCCUCGAAGCCGGGCAAGACCUCGAGAUGCCUGGUCCAACAAAAUGGAGAACCGUGCCGGAUAUCGUCAAGAAGAUCGAGCAGGGCACAAUAUCCGAGGAGACAAUCACCACGAGUGCCCGCCGUGUCUUGGAGCUGGCCAAGCGUCUCGGACGCUGGGAGAACCCCGAAGAGCCUCCAGAGCGGUGUGCAGACGAUCCCGCCAUUAACGCUCUGAUCCGUGAUGCUGGCGCAGACGGCAUCACCUUGCUGAAGAACGAGGACGGAGUCUUGCCCAUCCCCAAGACCGCCACCGUGGCCAUAAUAGGUCAGCAUGCUUCGUCGGUUGUACUUGGCGGUGGCGGAAGCGCCAGAGUCGAUGCGCCGCAUGCCAUCACACUGAUCGACGGGCUCAACAAGUUGGGCUACAACACAAGAGUAGCUGCGGGAGUCCCAGUGUUUGGAGCAGUACCCCACGCCAAUCCUUCCACGGUCUUCGAAGUUGGCAAGACCGAACACUCGCCAGCACCCAUAAAGGUGGAAUGGUACAACGGCUCUACGAUAGGAGAGAACCUCGCGUUCCAGGAGAUGCGGCCACAAGCCGAAUACAUGAUCAAGGAGCGCUGGCCAGACCACUUGGACAAAGACUACUGCACGCGCAUCACAUUCGACCUCGUGGCGCCCUCGUCGGGGGAGCAUCUCUUGUCCGCCAUCAGCACGGGCAGGGCAGUCGUCUAUAUUGACGGCGUCCAGGUCUUUGAGCGCCCGCAAGAGACAAAACUGAGGCCCGAGUCGUUCUACUUCUACAAGAAGCAUCUCGAGCGCCGUUUCACGCACAGCAUGAUACAAGGACAGCGCUACUCGAUACGCAUGGACUCGUGGGCCGCAGACCCGGCCAUCCUGAACGCGCCACCCUUGAACGGCAAGAUGUUCCAGGGCAGCGCGGUGCGCUUCUACGAGCACAUCGACCUCGACGCCCGGCUGCGUGAGGCGUCAGAAGUCGCAAGAGCGUGCGACUACGCCGUCGUGUGCACCGGCACGAUCAACGAGAUCGAGUCUGAAGGGUUUGACCGGGACUCGAUGGACCUGACAGCGGCAGAGUACGACAUGAUCAGCGCCGUGCUGGCGGCCAACCCGGCCCGGUCCGUCGUGGUCAACUUCUCAGGCGGGCCCGUUGGCAUGACGCAGUUCUCGGAAACCGCGCCAGCCAUUGUGCAGGCGUGGUUCCCGGGACAGGAGAUGGGCGACUCGGUCGCUGCCGUGCUUUCGGGUGACGUCAAUCCCGGUGGCCGCCUGCCGCUGUCGUGGCCGAGAAAGGUCGAGGAUAACCCGGCAUAUGGCAACUUUCCCUCGCACAAUAACAUCCUGCGCUACGAGGAAGGGCUGGACGUCGGCUACCGCUACUACGACCAGGACAAGGCUGCCAAGCCGCUGUACCCCUUUGGUUAUGGCCUCUCGUACACGACGUUCGAGGUGCUGGACGCCAAGAUCGUGCAGCAGCAGGUCUUAUUCGCGGCGACCGACAAGAACAUCAACAUCACCGUGCAAGCACGGGUGCAGAAUGCGGGCGCCCGGGCCGGAAAAGUCGUGGUGCAGUUUUACGUCGCCGACUGCAACGGCGGCAGCGGUCGUGACGGCACGAAUAGUCAGGCGCGCCGUGCCAGGCCGCCCAAGGAACUGCGGGCUUUCUCAAAGGUCGCUCUGGAGGCCCGCGAGGCCAAAGACGUCACUGUUACGUUGGACAGGGACUCCGUGAGCUAUUACAAUGCAGCGCAGAUGUGUUGGGAGGCGCGCCCGGGAGCGUUCAAGGUGCUUGUGGGCUUGUCGAGCGUGGAUAUUACGCAUGCCAUCGACUUCACUGUAGACAAGGGCUUCACGUGGACCGGUGUGUGAUGAUGGCGGGCGUUAGUUUCCAUUCGGUUCUGAGAUCUUCAGAAGAACACUAUUUGCCAUGUUUCGUACUGCCUCUCUGGUCGCUACGUGUCAGAAUUCGCGAAUC